CUCUUAAAGAAUCAUUUCAGUGUUCAAGAGACCCUAGUCUUCAUAGGUUUCCAAUAAAAUGAAGGCAAAAGUAGGUGAAGUUGGUGAUCUGCAAGUUGCUGCACCCAGACUUCUAGGAAGCUGUAGAUUGACAGUCAGUCUCACAUGUUUAUUUACUUCGUUCGCCGCUAUCGUAACGACGAUUAACCUGUCAAUGGCGAUUGUUUGCAUGAAUAGACGAACAAAAACGUGUAUUGGAAGUGAAGAGAUCAACAGCAACUCAAGUUUUGGAUUUCCGGAAUUAAACGGAACUUGUAGCGACGCAAGAGAGGAUAAACAAAUGUAUUUGGACAAGCCAUCCCAAGGAAUGCUGUUAGGCGCUCUUUAUUAUGGAGUAGUCUCAGCACAGCUGCUUGUUGGUUGGCUAUGUGAUAAAUUUGGAAAAUAUAAACUGCAAAUGGCUCUCGGUUCCGGGUUUUACGGAAUUGCUUCCUUCUUGUCUCCAAUUAUUCUAGAGUUUGCCGGUGUACCUUACUAUUUUGCUCUUCGUGUCCUAAAGGGGGUUGCUACGAGUUUUGCUAUUUCUUCGAUGUUGCCGAUGUUAACUCGCUGGACAACCACCCAAGAGCAGGGUCUUUUGGUGGGUAUCGCAACUGCCGGUAUUGGUGUAGCUAAUUCUGUUACCUACCCAAUAUCUGGCUUGCUCUGCCAGUAUGGGGGAUGGAAAUCUAUUUUUUAUUUUGGUGGGACUUGUGGUAUGCUGGCAACUUUACUUGUUGUGUGUUUAGUGUACGAUAGCCCAGCUGUACAUCCUCGAGUGGAAGCGGAAGAGAAGCAAUUUCUUCUCUCUUUUCAACUUCAAGGUGAAUCAAAGAAGCGACGAGUUAUUCCGUGGGGAAAGAUGCUUCGUUCGGUUCCCGUUUGGUCUAUUAUCAUAACAAAUUUUUUCUUCUUCGCUGUGGUAAAAGGAAUAGUUCUCAACUUACCGAUUUAUGUCAAAGACGUCUUGGAUUUCACAGUUACUGAGAAUGGCAUAUUUUCUGCUAUGCCAUUAGUCGGAGCUCUUGUUCUCCACUUAGUUGCAGGUCCUAUUUUUGAUUACGUUCGGACCAAAAAUAUAUAUUCACCGACCACCGUACGAAAAAUCUUUCAUGUAAUAGGCACCCUUACUCCUGGAGCAUUGAUGUUCAUUUCGAGCCAACUAACACAGGAGCAUAAAUAUUACAUCAUCUCAUUAAUAACCGUUGGCUAUUCUCUUACUGAAUUUGCUGUUAUGGGGGGAUAUAACUUUGCCAUGAUGGAUAUUGCUCCUGAUUAUCUCGGCGUUCUUCAAGGAAUUAAUAAAACAAUUAGUCUAGCUCCAGGUUUUAUUAUUCCGAUGAUCAUAUCGGCUCUAACUCCAAAUGGAUUGGAAGAAGAAUGGGCAAACGCUUUUAUUCUAUUUGGUGCCCUAUAUAUUACUUCGUGUCUGAUUUUUGUGCUGACUGGUAGUGCACAACUUCAGAGCUGGGGUAAAGCAAUAAAGAGUGACAUGAUCUGAGCAAAGAAAUAUUGCAAACAUCAACCAAAUCAUCAAACAAAUUAAUUCAAAAUACUACGGGGGAGGGGGGGGGGGAGCCCGGGGAUUUGAUACGUAGUAGAAACAAAUUUUCAAAAAUUUUCCAAUUAAAAAAAAAAAUUGGUUUUUCCUAAGCUGGCAACGCUGUCGUUGUUUAUUUUUGGCGAAAGCUCCUCUGAGCCAUGAGCUCCUCCUGAGUCAUGAGCAGUCUGUUAUGGUAUUAUUUAUUUUUUUAUUUGCAUCGUUGAUUUUCAAUUGGUCACUGUCAAAAAUGAUACAAAGAAUGCUUACUUUUUUAAUACAGAAAUAAUUGAGUUUCGAAAUAUAUAUUGCGAGCCCGAAGGGCGAAGCUAAUAAUCGCAUACGCAGAAAAAAAAGCCAUGUCACUUUGUCUGUCUGUCUGUAUGUAUGUAUGUAACGCUUCAUAGCUCGGGUGUUUCACGACAGAUUUCGGACUUUUUGGUCUUAAAAAUUAAACAAAAAAUAUGCGGUGCGACCAGAACAAAAAUAAUUCCAUUUACUUAAUUAGUUCUCCCGUAAUUAAUGAAAAAAUGAUAAAAUAAUUGUUUUACGACUAGUGAAAUCUGGCGGUGGUGACUACAACUUUUUUUACUUUAGAUAAAAAUAAAUCACCACCAGAUGUCCAUAGCAUCGCCGUGAUGACGCAAUCUUUGAUGUCCCAACCAUGACGCAACAACCAGAUUUGCAUUUAUGUUUUGCAGUUAUUUGACUAAAAGAUGGUUAUUUUGAAAUUCAAUUAUUGAACUUUAUUUGUAAAAAUAGGAACAUAUGAGUUGAGCAAACUAAACGUAAAUAACUUGCAAGGAUAUUGGACUGUGACAGAAAAAUCCCGUUUUACGACCAAAAAGUCUGUGAAGAAAAGUGUGAAUUGUGAAUAAGUCCGACUUAACAAUAGGCCCGGAAUUUGUCAUUUAAUACAGUUUUCAACUAGCUUACGACUAUCCCUUCGCGGCGAGCUGAUAAGCUUGCUUUUCUAUCUUAGGCCUAUAUUUUUUAGGGGGGGGGGGGGUCGAGACAACUACUAUACGUAGUUUCAAGGGGGGGAGUCAGCCCGAACACUUCAAUCCACUACAAGGGGGAGGGAGGGGGGUAAAAAUCCGCCAAAAUCCCACUACGUAGUAUGUGAACGGCCAAGAGUUUUCACUCUUUACUGUAAUGACGUGACAAAACAAGCGGGUCGUUGUACACGCCAAUGUAUUGGAAACUGAGUCGAGCGAGGAGAGGACCUCGCAGUAAGACAACUAAAUGGCGACUGAGGGGGGAAACGAAGCUGUGUGGGAGAAGACGGAAGGGCGCAGGGUUGCAACACAUUACAUUUACGGUAUGUUGUGUUUCAAAUUGAAAAAAACGAAAAAAAUUGGUAAGAGAGUUCGUCUAUCCUGUUCCUCCUCUAGUGUAAUUUUCAUUUGAUAACGAUUCAAAGCGAAGGAAAAGAACAGACAAAACUGCGAUGAAAGUAUUUGUGUAUUUCGUAAAAACACAGAAUGUGUACAAUGAAGUUGUAAUAAACAAUUCUUGAAACCCAA